AUGACGCGCCCUAUUAAGCACUCGGAGCUGUUCUGGUGCUGAAACAAGUAUCUCCAUCCUAGGAGGGAGAUAUGAUCAGCUUGCAACCCUCUGUCUGAAGCACACAGGAAACACUGACCACUAUGUCAUCUCAGAGGAAUUACUGUCUUGCAGGAUGCUUAUCCUCAUGUAUUUUGAUCAUCACAAUGUCCUUUUCUGAUGCUGCAUCCUUUCAGUAUUACCAAGUGCCACAACAGGACCAGGAAUAUAGAAUGAAGACUUUGCAAAGGUUGCCAAGCCCUGAUAUGCUGAAGGCACUGGAGUACAUUGAGAACCUCAGGAAGCAAGCAAGCAAAACUGAAAACCUCCCUGACUAUACUUCCUACCAAGGCACACCCUUCCUCUCAGAGCAGAAAGACACGCAAGCCCUUUCAACAGACACUGCCAAAUCUCCCACCAGUGAUGAUGAGUCUGAGUGGAUGAGAGCAAUGUUGGAAACUUUGAUGCAAGCUGAAAAAGAGGCAAAAGUUUCCCCACAAGAGAAAAAUAAUCCAUACAUGGACAAGAACAUACCACCUGAGUUAAUUGAAGACUAUGACUUAAAUAAAUGGUCUGAGAAGAGACCUAAAACUGGAAAAUUUUCUUCAAGGUUAUAUGAUGACUACUCUCGGGACAAUCCACUGAAGCGCACCAAUGAAAUUGUAGAAGGCCAGUAUACUCCCCAAAGCCUAGCUACCUUACAGUCUGUCUUCCAGGAACUGGGGAAACUAAAAGGCCAAGCAAACAACAAAAGAGACAGAAUGGAGGAAGACCAAAAACUUUACAAGGAUGAUGAGGAUGACUUGUAUAAAGCCAACAACAUUGCUUAUGAGGAUGUAGCUGGUGGGGAAGAUUGGAAUCCUAUUGAAGAAAAAGUUGAAAGUCAAACUCAAGAAGAGUUAAAGGAGAGUAAAGAGGAGGUUGAGAAGACAGAUGACAUGGAUGAGGAAAUGAAGCGAUCUGGGUUGUUGGGGUUACAGGAUGAAGAGCCUGAAAAAGAAAAUAAGGAGCAAGAAAGUGAAAAUCUAUCAAAUCUGAUGAACACAUAUCUUAAAAUGUGGAUGAACAGGAUGGAGAAAGGAAAGCAGAACUCUGAUAAGCGCUCAUUAAAAUUCUCUGGAAGAGAACUUGACCCUGAAGCUAUUUAUCAGUUGAUUGAUAUUUCCAGAAACCUUCAAAUCCCCCCUGAAGACCUUAUUGAUAUGCUGCGGGAUGAAGAUGGCAGGAGGUUUGGUGGAAGAUUAGAACCUGAAAAAGAAGUUGCUGUUCCUGAUGACCUAGAUGAGGUUACAGAGACUAUGACUGAUAAAACAAAUGUAUAUAAACACAAGCAAGGCUUUGUAAGGCAACCUACGUCCCCUAUUCUGCCUAAUGUCCCUGAAGGUCUUACAGUCGAAGACAUGGUGAAUCUUAUGGGAGCUGAUAAGUUACAGAAUAGUUUCAAACAAAAUAAUGGUUUGCAAAGACCCUUCCCUAUUCUUAGUAAAUCCAAGGGACACAAAUAUAUUUGGCCCAAAGAUUCUGAAAAAAGGCAAAUGGAGUAUGAACCAAGAUCUGACAAGGAGGAGGAACUGGCAGAUUAUAUGGUAAAGAUGCUAGCCAAAUACCCAGAGCUUUUAGGUAACAACCAAAACAAAAAGUUGCCUAUUUCCUAUUCUCCAAGUGAUCUUCAAGAGCUAGAAAAGCAAUAUGAAAAUGCUUUGAGAGGAUAUGUGAAUAUGCGUGGUUAUCAGGAUUUAGAGACAGUUUCCAGCAGUAACCGAAGACUGCCACUGACCAGGGAAAAUGAUGAUACACAGAACAAGCAGUAUAUAGAUGAGGACUUGCUUAUGAAGGUCUUGGAAUAUGUGAAUCAAGAGAAAGCAGAAAAAGCAAGAGAUCACAGUGUUAAAAGAUCUAUGGAAAAUAUGUAAAUGUUUGCAUUUUCCAACUCCAUCAUAUAUAUUAUUUGCUCUGUUUUUCUUCUUCUUGCAUUGUUUUAGUGAAUGAAGCUAUGGCUCUUCUUCCACUAAUGGUAAUGAUCAUCUGAUGACCAGUUGUUAAGAUGCACACAAGUUAAUCAUCUAUGUUCAUCAAAGUAGUAAAAUUAUAUUUGUUAUCCACCAAACACUUUUAUACAUUUGAGGGCUCUUACCCAAGCUUGGGGAGCCAUUGAAAAACCAGAUUUUUCCAAAAUUUAAAAGUGCCCAAUUACAUUAUUUAGAAAUCUAUUUCUCAAAGACUCUACAGGUUUUUUUUUUGUUACUUUUGAAAGUUGGAGAUCUAUUUAUGAGGCUGGUACUAUAAAAGUUUAUUUUAAUGUUAAUUUGCAGAUCUUUGGUAGAAAAGAGAAAUGUGUAUCUGAGCAUGAAAUAAUGAACUGCAAGUAUUGUUCUUAAACAAUUGUUAUGAACCAGGAGAAUGUGAAAUAUAAUAUGUUUUUCAUGUGGAGUAUGAAGUCAGCCCGCUAAAUUGGAAUCAUUUAUUUUUUCUAAACUAUAUUUUCAGUAUCUCUCUUUAACGGCUCUAAAAGGCAUUUUUCCAUGAGACAGAAGUGCUAAUGAGAAAAAUCAUUACUGGUUUCACUUCAAGUCAUGUGUCCACUGUUCUAUCCAUCACAGGUAAUUUACUAAUAUAUAUGCAUAAGGCAAAUAACAAUGUGCAUAGUAUAGUAAUCAUAUACAUACAGUCACGUUUUCUUGUUCUGACUACAUUAUCUUUCUAGAAAGUAGACCUUCGAUUGGUUGCUAUGGUAAAGUACACUGAUUCAACAAAGACUGCCUUGGCUCCCCAACCUUUACACAAAGAGAAGCAUUACCAUGGUGUGUUGAUCAGCCAUUAUGAGGACCUCAUGCUCACACAUUUGCUAUUUUGUAUCAAGGAUCAAACAAUGUAGCAAAUAUUAUUAUUAAUCAAAAUGUGUUGAGGGACACAUUUUGCAUCACAGCUGCUAGAAAUUUAGUUAAACCAUUACUAUGGAUUAUUUGAUCAUGUAGAUGAGCAACACUCUUUGCACUGCCUUAUUAAAUAAACAAUCUCUAGCCCCUACAUCAUCAGCUUUCCAUGUUCCUUAAAUUACAAGCUGUGUCACUACUAGAAUACUAUAGCGCUCAUACUAUAUAAAAUUAUAGCUGGAAUGUCAGAUGGCAAAUUAUAUUUGCUUCAUGACUAGA